AGCCCCCAGCUCAGCUGGCUCUGCAGUUGAAGCGCGGAGGCAGAGAAGGUGCCCAUCCAACCACCCGGGAUCCGGAUUCCGCCCUCGGAGCGACGUGCGGCCCGGCGCCCAGGUGGGACUUGGCUUUGCGGUCAUGGGCAAGCAGAACAGCAAGCUGCGGCCAGAGAUGCUGCAGGACCUGCGGGAGAACACAGAGUUCUCGGAGCUGGAGCUUCAGGAGUGGUACAAGGGCUUCCUCAAGGACUGCCCCACGGGCAUCCUCAACGUGGACGAGUUCAAGAAAAUCUAUGCCAACUUCUUCCCCUACGGCGACGCCUCCAAGUUCGCAGAGCACGUCUUCCGCACCUUUGACACCAACAGCGACGGGACCAUCGACUUCCGGGAGUUCAUCAUCGCGCUGAGCGUGACCUCCCGUGGCCGCCUGGAGCAGAAGCUCAUGUGGGCCUUCAGCAUGUACGACCUGGAUGGCAACGGCUACAUCAGCCGAGAGGAGAUGCUGGAGAUUGUGCAGGCCAUUUACAAGAUGGUGUCGUCCGUGAUGAAGAUGCCGGAGGACGAGUCGACCCCGGAAAAGAGGACCGAGAAAAUCUUCCGCCAAAUGGACACCAACAACGACGGCAAGCUGUCCCUGGAGGAGUUCAUCCGCGGGGCGAAGAGCGACCCGUCCAUCGUGCGCCUGCUGCAGUGCGACCCCAGCAGCGCCUCGCAGUUCUGAGGGCAGGAGCCGGCCCUCGGCCCGCCCCGCCGGCCGCGCCCGGCUCUCAGCUUCCUCUCCCUCGUGUGUACCCAGGCUGGGGCCCGGCCGGGGCCCGCCCGCGCGGUCUGCACUGCGGCGGCCUCUGGGACGGGGACCCUGCAAGGAAGGCGCCCGGAAGCAAGCUGGUGACCUCCCCUCCGGCUCGUCCGCCCCUCAGGGUCCGGCGCGCUCACCCGGACACCCCGCCGUCUCCCACGCACCCCAGCCCCGAGGCCAGCCCGCUCCCCCGCCGCGGAAGGUCGGGCUCGCCUCUGCCGGGGCUCAGCCGGGGUCGCUGGGGCGGCGCGCUCGGGUGACCGAGCCUGUCUUUUUACUUAGAGGGGAGAGAAGAAUUCCAGGGCUGCGGGGGUUUGAGACGGGAGCUCCCUUGAGCCGCCCUUCCCUGCAGAAGUCCCUGCCCUUGCUGCCCCAGCUCCUGCCGGCCCGAGGCGGGACACAGAUGGAAACCUCCCCGUCCAGCCGCUGGCUGUGGCUUCCCUGAGCCUGCCUGCCUUUUGCACUCAGAUGGACGCAGCCAGCCACAGACCAUGGAUCUCUCGCUCUGUAUUGGCCUCUGUCUCUCUCUCUUUCACACACACACACAUACACGCACGCACGCACGCACACACGUACACGCGCCCCCGCGCAGAACCCCUCUACCACGUCCUGUGUGGGAAAGAAGUGCAGGCCCCUGGCCGAGCCCCACCCCAUCCUGCAUGCAGCCACGUGGAGCAUCUUUGUUCUUUUUAAUAACUUCCAAAUAAAGUUUCAUUUCAGUGCA